UUUCCUUCACACUGUCCAAAAUUUCCAACUCGUCGUCUUCUUCUUCUUCUUCUUCCUUCUCGUUCCACUGCUUACAUACCGUAACUCCAUGGAUUUCACUUCUACAAGGUCGAAGAAGAAUGGAACCUCGAAUUCCAACGACUCUGACGGCCGCGACAGCAGAGCGAUAGUCAGAAGGAGGCCGCCGACGAUAGAGCUUUUGGCAUCUACAAGCUCUACACUCGCGACGAUCAUGUUCACGUGGACGAUCAUCCGCCAGUACUGCCCUCACGACCUCCGCCAAUAUCUCCAUAGAUAUUUAAACAAGUUCAUCGAUUACAUCUAUCCUAAUCCGUACGUUCGAAUCGCAAUCUACGAAUUCGUUGGCGAACGCCUCAAUCGAAGCAAAGCCUUCGCAGCGGUUGAAUCUUAUCUGAGCACUAAACUUUCGGAUGAUGCGAAAAGACUCAAAGCCGAGGUCGGGGAUAACAAGAACAAUUUCUCACUGAAUAUAGACGAGUACGAAAGAAUUACCGAUGAAUAUGAAAACGCCGAAUUCUGGUGGACUUUGAGCAAAAUCUCUGGAUCGGCAAAGAAAUCUACCUCUCUGUAUCCAGAGCCCGAUCGGAGAUACUACCAACUUAAAUUUCACAAGAAGCAUCGAAACCUUGUAACUGAAUCGUAUUUGAAGCAUGUACUGAAGGAAGGGAGAGAAAUCAAAGUGAAUCGAAGGCAGAGGAAGCUGUACACUAAUGGAACUGGAAAUCGAUUGACGAUUCACCGGCAAUCGACGAUGUGGAGCGAAGUGUACUUCGAGCAUCCUGCUAACUUUGAUACAAUCGCCAUGGAUCCAGAGAAGAAGCACGAGAUUGUGGAAGAUUUACUCACAUUUAGGGAAAGCAAAGAUUAUUACGCUCGAAUCGGCAAAGCUUGGAAACGAGGCUACCUUCUGUACGGCCCGCCAGGGACGGGGAAAUCGACGAUGAUAGCCGCCAUGGCAAAUUUGCUCAACUAUGACGUUUACGAUUUGGAAUUAACUGCGGUGAAGGACAAUACAGAGCUUCGGAAGCUUCUAAUUGAAACGACGAGUAAAUCGAUAAUCGUUAUCGAAGACAUCGAUUGUUCACUGGAACUCACAGGGCAGAGGAAAAUCAAGAAGGAAGAAAGCUCGAAAGAUGAGGAGAAAGUGAAAGAGAAAGAGAAGUUAAUUAAGGAACAUUUGAAGAAAGAAGAAGAAGAGGUGAAAAGCAGAGUGACUCUGUCUGGAUUGCUGAAUUUCAUCGACGGAAUUUGGUCGGCGUGCGGCGGAGAGAGGCUGAUCGUUUUCACCACAAAUCACGUGGAGAAGCUCGAUCCAGCGUUGAUUCGAAGUGGACGAAUGGACAAACACAUUGAGCUCUCUUACUGCACCUUUGAAGCCUUCAAAGUACUGUCUAAGAACUACUUGAAUAUCGAAACACAUGAGCUUUUUGAGGAGAUUCAAGAGCUUAUCAAAGAAGCAAAAAUCACGCCGGCGGAUGUUGCAGAGAAUCUCAUGCCGAAGUCCCGGCAAGAAGCCGCUGAGAAUUCGCUUCGUAGGUUGAUUCGUAGCCUGGAAGAGCUGAAGCGCGCGGCGGAGAUUGAGUCAACGAAGGAAGAGAAACGGGCAGAAAAAUCAAAAGAGUCCAAAAUCAAUAGCUGUUCUUGAAGGUGUGGACUGAUUGGUCUGGACUUUGGCUUGCGGAGCAAGGCAAGAAAAUGGUGAUGAGCAAUGAAGAAGGAAAAUGGUUAGAGUUUUCUUCUUCUAUCUAUCUAUAUGUUGAUUUGGUUAAGUUUGGGAUUUAGUGUCUUAUGAUAUAAAUAUAUUAAGAAAUAUAAUUUCGAGAUGAAUUUAGGCACUUGGUUGUGAGAUUAUAUACAUGAUUGUGCAUUGC